AUGUCAGAAAGCAACAAGCCUGUGAGUAUGGGCUUCAAAUUGUUUCCACCUCCUUCAAAGCCCAAUAACCCAUCGAGGAAGCCGAGUACGAGGCGCCAGAACGGUCCCCUGGGACGACCAUCUACAGACGGGAGGCAGUCGAGUCUUGGAGGACGGCAGACGCCUCAGACUGGUCGGGAAUCUCCUAUUGCGGUGCCUUCAGCAGUGCACCACGGAGCGGGUAGAUCGAACACAUCCUCCUCCGAAACUCCUACCUUGGUACGGGGCAACAGCAAUCCUUUUCGUCAAUCCAUAGCCAAGACAGGCCUCCACAGUUCUCCACCUCGUGGAGAGGAGCCCGUGAUGCGUUCAAUAUUCCCGAGAUAUAAUCCAGACCUUCCUCUCGAACACCAGCAGUACUUCCCCACCCAAGCAAGUCCCACCCAUAUCCCCCGAGAAAUCAUCAACCGAAGGCCCUAUUCCCCUAACCACACAGAUGGGAGGUCUCCUCUACAAAGCCCGGGCAUCCUGGGGAUCAACGCCGGGUCAUUCCCCCGCGGCAUCUCAGAAGACCCCGUCAUGGAGCCCUCCAGCAACGAGGAGAUGAAACAGUUAUGGAAGGUCGUCAAUGGCUGGAGGGUCCAGCAAUCAGAAGGCCGCACAUUCUGCAUGAGGAUGAGCAGCGCCGCCGAGGAGCCCGUCCACACCCUCUCCUCCGCAACCCAUCCCUUCUACACGCUCCGUCUGAACCCCACCUCAACAUCCGCACAGAUGACCAUGCUACGCCACGACCCCAACAAGACGCCCAAGAGAGGAGCCAGCAGCUCGAGAUCAUCAUCAGCAUCCUCGUCCUCGAAACCCGACGCCGGGAUCGAAGUGCUCGGCACCACGCUCGAGGAGACCGCGCGGCGCUUCCCGCCGAACGACGGGCUCGUCGCCCUGCUCUAUCCGCGCGCCGCCUCCAAGAUGGUCAUCGAGCUGGCCAACAACGCGAACCCGCGCACGAAUUUCGAACAGGUCGUCGCGGCGGCCGAGCACGAGUGCGGGCGCCUGGUCUGGGACGAGGACAGCAGGAGAUACUAUCUCGUGCACCCCGCGGUCAGCACCCCCUUCGUAGUCUCCAUCUUCAGCUCGCCCGCCUGGUCCAAGGUCGAGUACGUGCUGGAGCACGAGCAGCUGCCGCGGAACCUGGCCCGCCUGGUGCGCGACGGCGCCGGCUCGGGAUCUCUCGAGGUCGACACGGGCGUCGCGGCUAAGAUCGACUGCUUUUAUAUCGUGGACGUGGCUGUCUGCGCGCUGAUGCUCGUCGCCAUCGAAGAGGAGAAGAAGAAGAACAUCGAGCGCUUCGAAGCGCCGCCUGUCGUGGCGCCGCCGUCGCCGGGAGCGAAAUCGUCGAAAGCGGUCAAGGGGAAGGGGAGGAGGGACAAGGAGACAAGGAUCGAGGAGUUCGAGAUGGAUCUCGAGAGUCAGGAGUCCUCGAUGAAGGAUAGGAAGGAGAGGCAGGAGAAGGUGCCGGGCUUCUGUGGCUUGCUGUGGAUGUUGGUGAAAUGUCUGGUCUGGUCCCUGACAAUGCUUUUCAAGGCCACAGCCAAGGUUAUAAUCGUGCUCAGCAAAUGUCUGACACGUAAAAAAUCAUGA